AUGAUUCAUCAUUGCUCCAUCACGAAACCCACUUUCUCAAUUUCGAUCUCCACCCACAAGCACCAUCAUUCCACUAGCUUCUUCAAUUCGGGAUUCAGAAUCCGAUCCGAAUCCGGGGAUGUCUCGACCCGGGCCAAUGCGUUGUCCUUGUCGUCGGAGAUGGAGGGCUCGUCCUUGAAGAAGAAUCUGAUGGAGUCAGAAGCUCAAAAGAGCGAGCCUUACCCAGGAGGAAUGCCGAAGAUGGGUCCUUUCACAGGGAGAGAUCCGAAUGUGAAGAAACCUUCGUGGUUGAGACAAAAGGCACCACAGGGCGAGAGGUUUCAGGAGGUCAAGGAGUCGCUAACUCGCCUCAAGCUCAACACUGUUUGCGAGGAAGCCCAGUGCCCUAAUAUCGGCGAGUGUUGGAAUGGAGGUGGGGAUGGUGUAGCAACUGCAACCAUAAUGGUUCUUGGCGACACUUGUACUCGUGGCUGUAGGUUUUGUGCAGUUAAAACCAGUAGAAAUCCUGCGCCUCCUGAUCCCAUGGAGCCAGAGAACACUGCCAAGGCCAUAACUAGUUGGGGUGUAGACUACAUAGUUAUUACCAGCGUAGACCGUGACGAUCUACCUGAUGGUGGAAGUGGACAUUUUGAGCAGACUGUUAAAGCUAUGAAGAGACUUAAACCGGAUAUAAUGAUAGAGUGCUUAACUUCUGAUUUCCGAGGAGACUUGGAAGCUGUCGACACUCUUGUACACUCAGGAUUGGAUGUUUUUGCUCACAAUAUCGAGACUGUGAAAAGGCUCCAGCGACUUGUGAGGGAUCCUAGGGCUGGAUAUGAGCAGAGCAUGUCGGUUUUGAAGCACGCAAAGAUCAGCAAGCCUGGAAUGAUCACAAAGACAUCCAUAAUGCUUGGCCUUGGAGAAACAGACGACGAGUUAAAGGAAGCAAUGGCUGAUUUAAGAGCUAUAGAUGUUGACAUUCUAACACUUGGACAGUAUUUACAGCCAACUCCUUUGCAUUUGACUGUGAAAGAGUAUGUCACACCUGAGAAGUUUGAUUUCUGGAAAACAUACGGAGAAUCAAUUGGAUUUCGAUAUGUUGCAAGUGGUCCUCUGGUAAGAUCUUCAUACAGAGCAGGGGAGCUUUUUGUGAAGACAAUGGUUAAAGAAAGCUACGCUAAAUCUUUGCCUUGA